AUGGUCUAUAUUUACAAGAGUUUCUCACCUAACGAAGCAUCAUCACCGCCAAAUUCGUACCAGCAUCUCCCACGCGGGACCGCCGUCGUCCAGAUGUCACCAGCCAAUCAGAAGCGACCAGGCAGGUACCAGUUCCACCAUCCACCACCGGAUCACCCACCCAGGAUGAGUUUUGUGGGUUAUCCCCAGUUCCAGCCAAUUAGUUACGUGCCACCACAGUACCCUCCGGUAACCUGUGCCCCACCACAGGUUGGUCCUGUAACUUUUGAUCCCUCUCAGUGUCCCCUGGAGUACAACGCAUUUGGACAGCAGACAUUUAACGGGUAUCCACCACAGCAACAACCACCUUGUGCUAUGUCGUCUCAACACUAUCCUUCGAUGAACUUCGGCCUGCAACAGGGACCGCCAAAUUUCGCGACGCAGCAGGUGAUGUCUCCAGUGGACUAUGUGCCGCCAGAGACAAUGUUUGGUGCUCCAGCCCAAUUUGCACCUCCGCCAAUGUACAGUCCAGAAGCGAACUUGAUGCCAUUUAACGAAGCAGUGCCGCCACCAGGUUUCGAACCAAAUGUGAACUACGGUGGGCAAAAUUCAAACUUUCAGUACGAUUCUAGAUGCACUCCAUCUCCAUCAUUUGCUAAUUGCAAUUUCAACCCCCUGAUUCCACCAGAGACUUCACAUUUUCCAACCAUUCCUAUGCAGCCUUUUCCACUUUUUAUACCAUCUCAGAAAAUGCCAAACCAGAGAAGGCCAAAGGCCAUUGCUAUUAUCGACCCCGCAACUGGUAUGGAUAAGUUGAACGAAAUCUACGGAAAGCCGAAAUCUGAGACCGAUUCGAAGGAAUCCACUGAAGCUGAUAACAGAUCUACCAAUUCGCAAUGA